AUGCAGCGGUGUCACCAGGAAGCGCUAAAGAAGAACCGGGUGAUGCUGGCGAAACAGCUGCUUUUAAAGGAGUUGAUGGAGCAUAUGAUAGAAAAAGACAUUAUCACCACGGAGAUGGUGGAGAUGAUACAGGCCAAGUCUGGGAGUUUCAGCCAAAAUGUGGAAUUCCUCAAUUUGCUGCCCAAGAGAGGCCCUAAUGCAUUCUCAGCAUUCUGUGAAGCUCUACGAGAAACCAAACAGCAGCAUCUGGAGUCAAUGAUCUUGAAGACAACAUCCAACCUGAGCCAAGGGAUUGCAAGGCUUGAACACUGUUACGGAUCAAAUCUUCCAUUCCCUGUCAGUGAGUCAUGUAAUUCAAAGAGACUGCGCUGGAUAGAACCAAUGGAACAUUCCUUGGAUAAUGGAGAUGGUCCCCCAAUUCCUCAAGUGAAGUACUGCACUCCCAAAUUUUAUCAUGAUCAUCGGCACUUGGCAUAUAAACUGAUAUCAGAGCCCCGAGGCUUAGCACUUAUUCUCAGCAAUGUCCAUUUCAGCAGUGAGAAGGACUUGGAGUAUCGUGCAGGGGGAGAUGUGGACUGUACUUCCCUAGAGAUGCUUUUCAAGCACCUUGGGUAUCAAGUGACUGUCUUUCAUGAUCAAACUGCACAGGAGAUGCAGAGUGCAUUGGAGAGAUUCUCUAAAAUGCCAGGUCAUCGGGAUGUGGAUUCCUGCAUUGUAGCUUUACUUUCCCAUGGUGUGGAGGGUGGGGUUUAUGGCAGUGAUGGCAAACUACUGCAGUUGCAGGAGGCCUUCCGGCUUUUUGAUAAUGCGAACUGUCCAAAUCUCCAGAAUAAGCCCAAAAUGUUCUUUAUUCAGGCCUGCCGGGGAGAUGAGACAGACCGGGGAGUGGAUCAGCGAGAUGGGAAAGAAUGGUCAGAUUCCCCAGGCUGUGAGGAGACCGAUGCAAACAAGGAGGAAAAUCUCAAGCUGCGUCUGCCUACGUGCUCUGAUAUGAUCUGUGGAUAUGCUUGUCUAAAAGGCACUGCAGCCAUGCGAAACACCAAGCGUGGAUCCUGGUAUGUUGAAGCUCUCACCUCUGUGUUUGCAGAGGACUCUCGAGACACUCAUGUGGCUGACAUGUUGGUGAAGGUGAAUAGGCACAUCAAGCAACGAGAAGGUUAUGCCCCAGGCACAGAAUUUCACCGCUGCAAAGAAAUGUCAGAAUAUUGCAGCACGCUCUGUCGGGACCUUUACCUGUUCCCUGGUUAUCUGCCAGGAAAAUAA